AUGUCUUCUUGUGAUCUCCAGACUGAACUAGUUGCCAAGGUGGAGAAGAUGCGUCAGAGCAUCCUGGAGGGUCUGAACUUCUCUCGGCCACCCCAGCUGCUCGCAUUCCCCCCUCCACCUCCACACGCAAUGCCUUUCUACCCUCCCAACAGCACCUUCUACCCUCCACCUCCUCUGCACCCACUGCAGGGUAGAGGCAGGGGCAUGCCUGGACUUCAAGCCAUCCCCUCACAGGGUGGUAAGCUUGAGAUUGCAGGCACAGUGGUGGGUCAAUGGGCUGGAAGUCGUCGUGGAAGAGGAAGAGCCUCGUUUCCCAUUCAGGUGGUGUCAGUUGGUGGACCAACCAGAGGGUAAGCAAUACAUUUUCAAUAGUAUUUUAGAUAAAUUGUUUA